AUGAGUGGAUAGAACUAGGAGUGUGAUAAAAGUAGUAGUGCUCUCUGAGUUCAGCUUCUCCGAAACUCUGCAAUGGCUUCAAUACCAUGUACAACCCACUUACCCUUUACCUUCAAACCCUCCACUUCUCCUUCUUCCUUGUCAAAAACCAAUCUUAAGUUUCUGGGUGUACAGCAUAGGUUGGGGUGGGCCAGACCCUCUAAACUUGGACCCUCCAAUGGCUCUAGAGCCAAGUGCUGGUUCAAGUUUGGUAAAAAUGGAGUUGAUGCUGAAGGUGCUGGCAUUUAUGGCAGUCAGUCCCGUGAUGACUUUGAUAGAGAUGAUGUUGAACAGUAUUUUAACUACAUGGGCAUGCUUGCUGUUGAGGGUUCAUAUGAUAAGAUGGAUGCUCUUUUAAACCAAAAUAUCCACCCUGUAGACAUCUUAUUGUUAAUGGCUGCAUCAGAAGGUGACAAGCCAAAAAUUGAAGAGUUGCUAAGAGCUGGAGCUAGUUACACUGUCAAGGAUGCAGAUGGACGGACUGCCCUUGAUAGGGCUGCUAACAAUGAAAUCAAGGACUUCAUUCUUAGCUUUUCAGUUCAAAAGGCUUGAAUUAGAAAAAAAAAAAUUUCUUUAUUUUCUUAUCAGUUUGUUUUUUCUUUUUUACCUAUUGGAAUAUCAAUCCUAUCAUGUAGUUAUCUUUUGGCAGUGGUAAGUUUAAUCAUAUAAGUUAUUAACUUAUUAUACCUUGAA